CUCUUGGUGACACACAAACAUAUAGCUCUUGAAAAGUUCAGUACGGAAGUUGAUAUCAGAGGAACACAGUCUUGACACAGAAACCACAAGUAGAUGUAGUGAGAGAGCGUUCAAGGGGAAGUGAGAGAUACAUUGGUCAAAGCUCACAAAGAGAACGCAACGACAGCAGAGAGCAGGCGGGGGACCUUCCUGGGGGGUUCUAAGAGCAAGAACUUCGUUCAAAAAACCAAAAAAGAAUGGCCGUGUGGGACCUGUCUGUCACGGUGGAGGAGCUCGGUCCGGAGGCUCCCCCCCUCUCCAUCAGCGUGACUUCGGACCUGCACAUCGGUGGGGUGAUCCUCAAAAUCGUGGAGAUGACACAAAUCAAGAAGGACUGGUCAGACCACGCCCUCUGGUGGGAGCAGAAACAGCAGUGGCUCCUGCGGCCUGCCUGGACCCUGGAUAAGUGCGGCAUCCACGCCGAUGCGCGGCUGACCUUCAUUCCCCAGCACAAGCCCCUGCGGUUGGGCCUGCCCAACGGGGCCGUGGUGAGGCUCCGGGCCUCCUUCUCAGGGCCCCUCUUUCACUCGAUCAUAGGCAUCUGCAGAAUCCUGAACAUCCGUCACCCCGAGGAGCUAUCGCUCCUGCGCCCUGUUGAGGAAAAGAAGAAGAAAAAAGACAAGGAGCCGCCGGAGCAAGUGUAUGACCUCACGGAAGUUCCCCUGACAGUAGAUAAUAUAGCCAGCCUCCACAACGGCAUGCCAGUCCACUUUGCCAUCUCCCCAGAGACGGAGGCUGCCUAUAAGAUGCUCUCCGUGAGCCAGCCACCGCCUGCCCCCGAGACCAUCGCCAAAAUGUACCGUCCCGCCAGUGUGGUGGACAAAGCACACAUCCACAGCAGGUGGCUGGACUCCUCCCGGUGCCUGAUGCAGCAAGGCAUCCAGGAGAACGACAAACUGUGGCUGCGUUUUAAAUAUUACACCUUCCAUGAACUAGAGCCUAAGUACGAUGCUGUCCGUCUGACCCAGCUAUACGAACAGGCCCGGUGGGCCAUCCUCCUGGAGGACAUUGACUGCACAGAGGAGGAGAUGAUGCUGUUUGCUGCCCUGCAGUACCACAUCAACAAAGUCUCGCAGUCGGAGCCCCAGGCCAUGAUGUCUUCUCCAGCAAUGGAUGACCUAGAAUCUGCCCUGCAGUGCUUGGAGGUCAAAAUGGAGGGCGAGAGCAGCUGCAUGGACAUGCUGGAAACCAUGACAACAGCUCCUGAACUGCAUGACUACUUGAAGAUAUUUCGACCAAAGAGGCUGACACUCAAAGGCUAUAAGCAGUACUGGUUUUCAUUUAAGGACACUUCAAUCUCUUACUUCAAGAGCAAAGAGGAAAGCAUUGGAGAGCCCAUUCAGAAGAUGGACCUAAAGGGCUGUGAGGUCGCGGGCGACGUGAAUGUGGCAGGCCAGAAGUUCUGCAUCAAGCUCUUGAUCCCGAGUCCAGAGGGCAUGAACGAAGUGUAUCUCCGCUGCGAAAAUGAGCAGCAGUAUUCCCGGUGGAUGGCUGCAUGCCGCCUUGCUUCCAAGGGCAAGAACCUGGCGGACAGCUCCUUCACCAGCGAGGUGGAGAAUAUCCAGAAUUUCCUCUCCAUGCAGCGCGCCAACCCUGGGACCACGUCCGCCCAAGCCGACGACAACAUCAACACCCACAGCCUGGUCUCCCCCCGCUACCACAAGAAGUACAAGACCAAACAGUUAACCCCUCGCAUCCUGGAGUCCUAUCAAAAUGUGGCACAGCUCUCCCUAACUGAUGGCAUCCAGAAAUUCCUGCAGAUCUGGCAGGCACUGCCUGACUUUGGGGUGUCCUACUUCGUGGUGAGGUUUAAGGGCAGUCGGAAAGACGAGGUCCUCGGCAUCGCUAACAACCGGCUGAUCCGCAUAGACCUGGGUGUAGGGGACGUAGUGAAGACCUGGCGCUACAACAACAUGAGGCAGUGGAACGUGAACUGGGACAUCCGGCAGGUGGCCAUUGAGUUUGACGGCAAUGUGAACAUAGCCUUCAGCUGCGUGACGGCAGACUGCAAGAUUGUGCACGAAUACAUUGGCGGCUACAUAUUCAUGUCCACCCGCGCGCGUGAGCAGAGCGACAUCCUCAACGAGGAGAUGUUCCACAAGCUAACCGGGGGACACGAGGCCUUAUGAAAAUGCAGCAACCUGUCACAUCUCUGUUCUCCAGCGGCCUUGAUUUUCUGCUGAGUCAUUCACAAGCCACCAGUCACAGGGUUUCAUUUUUUUUCAUUUUCGUUUCUAUAUCAGCAUCAUUAAGAAUGUUUAAUCCGUGUCUAUUUAUAAACGAUUUACAGUUUAACACUUGCAGUGAUGGAGGAGAACGGUUUAUAACUUCAACUGUAUGUAACGUUUGCAUUUUCACACCUAAUAAAAUAAAAAAACUGCAUCCGAA